UUUGCGAAAUUGUCAAAAAUCUGGAAUGGCUGUUCUGUUGAUCGGAAGGAAAUUUUACAUUAAAUUCUGGAAUCUGGCGAAACCGAGAUGCCUCAUCACCGCGGUGGAAUCGUUAGAUAUCUAUGAAAUUGUCAAAAAAGAUACGGAAAACAUCAUCUAUUCGCUAAAUUGCUUCGGUACCGAAAAUGAAGACAAAGAAAGGGAGGAAUACAAGAAAUACCUCGCUAAAAAGGCGGUUAACGAAUACCCGGAACAAAACAAGGAGGAGUACGCAAGGGAAAUGUGCCUCGAACAGAUGUCGAGUCAAAAGCCGCAGGAUCCGGACUUUAACCACCUCCAGGAGCAAAUCUACCAGGCGGGCGUGUUGAGGAACGAAAUUUUUUUGAAAUAUAAGAAGCAACCUAGAAGGAAGUGCUCGAAAAAGCCUAUUUUCAAAGAGAGUAAUGUCGAAGGGAAAAUAACUAAUCACCCUACGACCACUCAAAAAAAAGAUUGUUAAAUAUUUUAAAUAAAUUAUUGUUGUAAAUUCG